AUGUCAGACUCACCAUCGAAGAAGCGGCCGCGCCACGAGGAGGCUACGCCUCAAUCAAAAAAGAAAAAGGUUGAAAUCCAGUCCGGUCGGCCAGUCGCUCCAACAUUCCAGGUCACAAAGGUCCUCAAGCCGCAGGUGUCGCCUCCAGUUGUAGCAUUGACGCCAGGGAUAUCACUACCGGACGGCUUUCUCUUCGAUGUCUACGACAAGGCCGACCAGCAGCCUUCCGCCAAGCGGCGGAAGAGUGGCGGCACGCCCGCGCAAUCCGAGAUGGCGCUGUUUUCUUCAAAGCAUCGUUCAAUAGACUACACGGCGCGGGAAGAGCGCCAUAAGACUGUCGACCAGGUCAUGAACCAUUUCCUGGCGAUUAUCGACCCGAAAACGGGGCAGAUCGAGGUCGUGCAGGCGAAGAAGAUGGCAGUUCGAGGGACGGUCAGGUCAAAACAGGCCUCGUCUGAGGCUAUGGAGGGGGAUGCUGGCAAGCCGACCUUUGCCGAACAAAAGAUGGAGCUGGGCGAGGCUUUCGGUACGAAGAAGGCGAAGAAGGCCAUCCAGGCUGUCGCCGAAAACGCCAUGCUGGCCGCCAGGUCACGCGGCAAGCUGGACGAGGAUGCCCGCGCCUUGGUACACACCAUCAAGGAUUCCAGCGAGCACAUGGCCACGCGCGAGGAGCUCCAGGCCGCUGUCGACAUGGCCCGCCCCGUUCCCCGUGGCAACUUCGACGCCGAGGACAUCCAGGACGUCUACGUUCCCCGCGAAAUCAUCGGCGCAGAGGUGCUCAACGCAAUACCGAUUCUGGAGUGGCAAGAGAAGGCCAAGAAGAACGAGCCACUGCUGGUUCCGUCCCGCUUUGUUGCCAAUCGCAUCAACCGCGUAGCCAGCAACGAGAACGCGGUCGAGCGGCUCAAGGUGCUGCGUUAUCUCCUGUGGACUAUCGUCUUUUACGCGACUACCACGCAGGGAAAGGAGCGCGGGACGAGGAACAUCGGGAAGCGUGACAAGCUGCGCCAGGUCAUGGUUGGCGCGCCGGAGAUCGUUAUCGAAAACAUUCGGCGCAAAUUCUCAGACGCGGGCGUCAUGCGGAAGACGCAUGUUGACCUACUUAUGACGCACUGCUGCGCGUUCGCGUGCAUCGUCGACAACUUCGAGGUUAACACCCUCGAUCUGCGGGAGGACCUCAAGCUGGAGCAGAAGCAGAUCAACCAGUACUUUAUGGAGAUUGGCGCCCGUAUCAAGCAGAAGAAGACGGGCGACAAGCUGGACACCAUCGCCAAGCUUGCGCUGCCGUUGCAGUUUCCCAAGAUGCGCGUGCCGGCGACGAAGCGGAGGUGA